UUUUAGCAUUUUCUACUUUUUUAACGUGUUCUGUUUUGUUAGUUUUUUUUUCCUUUAAUUUUUUCCUGGUGACUUUUCUGUGGGCGGACCGCUGAAGCAAAAAGCAGUCUGCAAGCUGACCUAAAACUUUCGGGGAAUGCCGAUUUUGACGUAGGUUUCAUCUGUCGCUCAUGCUCUAUCCAGAAAGAAGUAUGGGAGGUAUGGAUUACCGUUGCACAGAGUGACAUUGGAAUGCUGGGUGCAAUGACGUUUCGCAGUUUCAUCUCCACAUGAACGUAAUUCGAUCAGAUUUGAACGUCCCCACCAUGCAAUCGGAAGUAGCUCUUACAAUCAAUGGAACUUCCUACAAAGUUUCCUCCUCUCUUUCAGUGGACACUUCCUUAAAUGAAUUUAUUCGCACAAUAGCACAUCUGAAAGGUACAAAGUUCAUGUGUUUGGAGGGAGGUUGUGGUGCUUGUAUUGUAACUGCAAAAAGGAAAGAUGCUACAACUGGGAAAGAAUACAUUUUCGCUGUGAAUUCUUGUUUGACACCAAUUUUUGCUUGUCAUGGGUGGUCUGUUACAACAAUUGAGGGAAUUGGUAGUAAAGCAACCGGCUACAAUGAAAUUCAAUCCCGUUUGGCUAGUUUUAAUGGAUCCCAAUGUGGUUUCUGCUCUCCUGGAAUGGUCAUGAAUAUGUACAGUCUAGUUAAAGGAAAUGAAGAUGUUUUUAUGAAAACUGUAGAAAACUCUUUUGGCGGCAACAUUUGUCGCUGCACUGGCUACCGUCCCAUACUAGAUGCGUUCAAGUCGCUCUGCACUGAUGCACCCAAAGUCUACCAUCCAGAUUUAUGCAGUGACAUUGAGGAUUUUCCAAGACUUUGCCUGAAAACUGAAGAAAUUUGCUCACAGGCCUGUAGCAACAAAAACCGUUGCCUCCCAGAGGAGUCCAUUGAAGAUGAUUUUGACCUCUUGUAUGUAGAAAACUUGUCACUCAUGCUUUCAAACGAUGUCAAAUGGUACAAAGUGGAUGACAAGAAGCAGAUCUUUGAGAUAUUUGACAUGAUCGAUGAUUUCCAGUCAUACCAAUUGGUCGCAGGCAACACAGCUCGGGGAGCUUAUCGCACUGGGGAUUUUGAUUACUACAUUGACAUCAACAGUGUGGCCGAGCUGUCUGACUGGAUCCUCCAGGACAAUGCCCUCAUUCUUGGUUCUAAUAUUACUUUGACGAAAACAAUGAACAUUUUUGAGAGAAUUUCUCAGAAAUAUCCUAGAUUCAGCUACUUAAAAGUGUUUGCUGACCACAUCGAUUUGGUAGCAAAUGUUCCUAUCAGAAAUGUAGGAACUUUAGCUGGUAACCUGAGCCUCAAGAACCAACAUCCUGAAUUUCCAUCCGACAUUUAUCUACUGUUUGUCUUGGUUAGGGCUCUUUAUGUUGAGGAAACUUCCAUGGGAACCUCUGAUACAAAAUUUGUUGAGGAGCUCAUCGCAACAAGUUUACGGAAGAAGCUGAUUACAUGCUUCAUUUUACCUGCUUUAGAUGAUUCAUAUAUCAUAAAAACUUACAAGAUUAUGCCUUGUGCCCAGAACGCAAAAGCAAUUGUUAACGCCGGUUUCAAAAUCAAGCUAAGUAACAAGGAUGCUCUGACUGUUAGUGAAGCCACAAUUGUAUUUGGCGGCAUCACGCCAAAUUAUGUACAUGCAGAGCAGACGCAGAACUAUUUGGUUGGAAAAAGCUUGUCAGACUCUCAGGCAGUGCAAGGAGCUCUUGAUAAACUAGAUUAUGAAUUACACCCAAAUUUUUCUCCACCUGAUGCUUCCCCCAUUUAUCGCAAAAGAUUGGCUCAGUCUCUAUUCUACAAGUUCAUUUUGAGUCUAAAACCAGGAUCUAUCCAAGAAAAAUAUCGUAGUGGUGGUGAAACGUUACAACGGCCUCGCUCCUCUGGAAAGCAGAGUUUUACUUCUGACCGUAAGCUUUGGCCAGUAAACAAAGCUAUCCCCAAGUUGGAAGCAUAUUCACAAUGUUCAGGUGAAGCUGAGUACACAAAUGACAUUCCCUCAUUACCAGGUGAACUGUUCGGUGCACUAGUUUUAGCACCAGCUGGACCAGGGACGCUAGAUUCCAUUGACACAAGUGUUGCGAUGAGACUCAAUGGAGUGAAAUCUUUCUUUUCUGCCAAGAACAUUCCAGGUAUCAACAUUUUCACGCCUCCUGGGGAAAUAUUUUCUCCUGAUACGGAACCAGUGUUUGCUGACAAGUAUGUAACAUUUUCGGGCCAGCCAGUGGGCAUAAUGGUUGCCGAAACCCAACUCUUGGCAAAUAAGGCAGCCGGAAUGGUGAGAGUAAAUGUUACUAACUUGAAAAAACCAUUGUUGACACCUGAAGAAGUUUUAGACUCUGGAGAUCAAUCCCGAGUCAGAUUCACUCAAUCUAUAGAAAGGAAAGCUAAGAAAGGAAGUGGAAAGCAUAUAAUUAAGGGAUCAUUUGAAUGCAGAGAACAGUACCACUUCCAUAUGGAGACGCAAACCUGCCUCGCAGUCCCGACAGACGAGGGCAUUGAUCUUUAUCCAUCCUCACAGUAUCUCUCAACGACACAAAGAGCCAUAUCCUUGGCCCUGAAACUUCCAGAAAAUUGCAUCAACGUUCAAAAUAGGCGAGUGGGAGGAGGUUACGGCGGCAAACUGUCAAGGAUGCCCCAGAUUGCAAUCCCUUGCGCAUUGGGUGCUUUUAUUUUAAGGAAACCUGUCCGAAUUGUGCUAUCUAUUGAGAGUAACAUGCAAGCUAUCGGCAAACGCACUUGUUGUUUGUCCACUUAUGAGGUAUCAGUAGAUGAUGAGGGUAAGGUUCAAUACUUGGAUAUGAACAUCCAUCAAGAUUUAGGCUCGUCCUUCAAUGAUAACACCAUCCCGCUGACAUUGCAAAAUGUGGUGAAUUGCUACGAUUCCAGUACAUGGAAAGUUGAUGCUUAUGCUGUACGGACAGACAAGAGCAGUAACACCUACUGCAGGGCUCCAGGAGCUUGUGAAGGCAUCGCAACAAUUGAACACGUCUUUGAACAUAUUGCAACGGAGCUUAAGAAAGAUCCUUUGGUAGUCCGUGCAACAAAUUUUGCUGAUGACAGUAAGGAACAUCUAGGAACAAUAAUUGAUCAGCUCAAAGAGAGCUCUGACUUUGAUAACAGGAAGAAAAAAAUCCAGAAAUUCAAUGGGGAGAACAGGUGGAGGAAACAGGGGAUUAGCAUCACACCAAUGCGAUUUGCGUUGGGUCUAUUCGGCAACUUUCACGUUCUGGUGUCAAUUUACCAGUCUGAUGGGUCGGUCUCAAUUACGCAUGGAGGUAUUGAAAUGGGUCAAGGUAUCAACACGAAAGCUGCUCAAGUGUGUGCUUAUAAAUUUGAAAUAGACGUUGAAAUGGUGAAAAUCAAGCCGUCAAAUGUCCUUACUGCUCCAAACGAUUUUGGCUCCGUCAAUAGCAUGACUAGUGAUUCCGUAUGUCAGGGUGUGAUAAUAUGCUGUGAUAUUCUGUUGGAGAGGCUAUCUCCCAUCAAAGCAAAACUUAGCCCAGAUGCUAAGUGGCAAGAAGUUAUUGCAGCAGCUGCAGUUGAAAAUAUUGAUCUCUGUGCAAUCCAUAUGUACACAAUUAAAGAUAUUGGUGAAAAGAACGAUAUGAGGUAUAAUACUAAGACGUAUAACAUUUUUGGAGCCUGUGUCACAGAAGUUGAGGUAGACAUCCUGACUGGGAAAUACCUCAUUCUGCGCACAGAUAUUAUCGAGGAUGCGGGUGUCAGUCUGAAUCCAGAGUUAGAUGUUGGACAAGUAGAGGGUGCUUUUGUGUUAGGUCUUGGCUACUGGCUUACAGAGGAUAUCAUUUUUGAUUGUAAUACAGGAAAGGUCCUCACUGACAGAACCUGGAACUACAAACCCCCUGGAUUCAAGGACAUUCCCUGUGACUUCCGCGUGACCAUAUUAAAAAAUUACAGUGACCCCAAUGGUUCCCCAUUUUUUCUUCGCUCUAAAGCUACUGGUGAGCCACCUCUGUGCAUGAGCUGUGGAGUAAUGUUUGCUCUUCGUCAAGCAAUUAAUGCGUCUCGCUGCGAUGCUGGUAAACCAGACGAUUGGUGUGAUAUAAGUGUUCCAUUUUCGCCCGAAAAAGUUUUCCUGGCAGCUUUUACAGGAACCCAGGAGUACAAACUGGGAUAGUCUCUUGUCCAGCAGAGGUUAGCACUACCAACUACCACUUGGGGGCAGUGGAAUCAAACUUGAAUUAAUCUAAUAACCAUUUUACUUAAAACCUCCCGCAAGAUAUAAAUUCACUCCUCUAAAAGAGUCACCUUUUGUAUUUAAAAAUUUUACGGGCUAAAAAUUCAUGAUGUUCAACCGCAUUAUUUUGUUCUAAUGCUGCCCCAUAAAUGCUCUUUCCCUUUUGUCAAUAAUAUUGGUGGUUCAGAUUACACUUGAAGUGCGUAAAUUCCUGUGUGAAGUGAGGGAAUUUCCUUCAUUGUGAACAUGUUGAAGCUCAGGCUUUUGAAAAUGAAAUUAAACAACCUUUAAUAUGUAACAAAAAACAUACUAAAUUUAUUAAUACUUAUAAGCAUAAAAAUUAUGUCGAAAGACACCAAAUUGCUAAUUUAAAAUAAACUCAUUAGAAGUUGGAAUUUUAUUCUGUCUUCAUAUCUUGGACUCAUCAGUGGAACAAGAACAGUCUCUUUGAUAUCUUUUGACCACCAAAAAGUCAUCGUUGUUCUUUGAAUGUUCGAUCAGCGCGUAAUUUGUACCUAUUCUCUCAAAUAUUUUAUAAUUUCAUUGAGUCAAUCAUGUUUGGUGUCAUUCAGGUACCCUUUAAAAAAAUACACUCUCUAUAGUGUU